GCCAUGCCGCGCGCCCCACGGCGGCCGUCCGAGGAGGCGCGCCUCGCCGCCUACAAGCCUAGCGUCGACGUUGCCCGCUCGCGCCGCCGCCGCGAGGACCGCCUCCUCGCCGUCCGCCGACGCAACCGCGACGCCGGCCUCUUCAAGCGCCGCCGCGACGAGCCCACGCCUCCUCAAGCGCCGCCCGCGAGGGACGCGCCCCCAUGUCAAGCGGAUGUGCCCGACGACGCUACCUCCCAGCCUUCCUCCGGGCCCUCUUCGCCUCCGUCCUCCCCGCCCGCCGAAGCCGUUCCCCCGACUUCCAAUGAAUCUGAGCUUGAAGGCCUAUCGGAAAUGGAGGAGAAGGUCUGGUCAGAUGACAACACUAUUCAAUUGGAAGGCACAGUCCAAUUCAGGAAACUUCUUUCAGAUGAGAAGAACUCAACUGUCAUAAAAAUCAUCAGAGCAGAUGUCCUGCCAAGAUUUUCUGACUUUCUCUCAAGACAUGACCAUCCUCAGCUCCAAAUGGAGGCGGCAUGGGUUCUUACCAACAUAGCCGCAUCUGACUAUACAUUGCUCGUUGCAGAAUGUGGUGCCGUCCCAAGGUUGGUCGAGCUCUUAGGAUCUGGAGAUGCUAAUACCAGGCAUCAGGCUACUUGGGCUCUUGGAAAUAUAGCUGCGGAUAUACCUAGCUGCAGAGAUAUCGUUCUUGAUCAUGGUGCUAUGAUGCCUUUACUCGCCCUAUUCAGAGAAGACAUGAAAGUUUCAGUUCUGAGGACUGCCACUUGGGCGUUGUCAAACCUUUGUUUUGGAAAGUUACCACCUGAAGUGCAAGUGAAACCGAUACUGGAAAUAAUAUGUCAGCUUAUUCAUUCGAUCGAUGAAAAGAUACUGGGUGAUGCAUGCUGGGCUCUUUGUUAUAUAUGUGAUGGUGUGUCUGAUGGCAUCCAACAUGUGUUGAGUGCUGGUGCCUGCCCUCGACUUGUAAAUCUUUUGACGCAUGCAUCGGCUAAUAUCCUUCUUCCUGCCAUUAUGGCACUUGCGAGAAUCUCUUCUGGAGAUGAUGCUCAAGUGCAGGUCUUAGUAGAAAAUGACAUUCUUAAUUAUUUGAUCUUAUUGCUGACACGAAAUUACCCAACCAGCGUCAAGAAGCAAGCUUGUCUAAUUGUUUCUAAUAUCGCUGCUGGCAGCAAGGAUAAUAUUCAGGCGGUAAUUGAUGCAGAUGUUAUUAGCCCUCUUAUUUUCCUAUUGAAGUCCUCCGAGCAGGAUAUCAAGGAGGAGGCUGCUUGGGCUAUAUCAAAUGCUGCGUCUGGUGGUUCAAAUGAUCAAAUUCAAUAUUUGGUGAGCCGAGGAUGUUUGGAGCCACUCUGCAGUAUUCUCACUUACCAAGAUGCUGACCUGGUAUAUACAUGUUUGCGUGGCCUUCAAAACAUACUCCAGGCGGGUGAGGUGGGGAAGCAGGGGCAGGAUUCCGCGGUGAACCCGUAUGCACAGUUUAUUCUAGAAUGUGGGGGAUUGGAUAAACUGGAAGAUCUGCAGGAAGUCGACAAUGAUGCCAUUUACAAGCUAGUCAUGAAGUUGCUGGAGGGUUAUUGGGAUGAGGAAGUAAGUGAUGAUGACCCAAAUGUACCGACGUCAAACGACUCUGCAGAGACCGUGGAGACAGCAUCUGAAGAUGCUGCGCAACCAACAGAGUCAUCGGCGACCCAGAAUGAAACCGAAUGACUUGUCAUGUAAGAUGUGACAAUCUGGAAUUUGAUCUUCAACUUUCCUUGUCCGGUGAAAAGAGAGUGAAGACAUGACUGUUUAAGAGCAAUACUUCCUCGAUGUAAACAGUGUCAGCCUAAACAGUCGAUGAUAGGACCUGGGAUGCUCAUAUCUACGAGCACGAGUCCAAGACCAACACAACCAUAUCAGGGUACUGUAUAUACCUGUACAAUUGUCAUCGGUAGAGGCUAGUGGUUGGUGUUGUAUGUAUCAUGGCAAGUUGCCAACCUCAUAGCCUAGCAAAGAUAUGAUCAAACUUAUGACUUGUUAGGAGAGAUACAUUUAUCUCGAAAACCAUCAAUUCCGUUCAUACAUUACGUGUUGGUUUCCAUCAAUCACUAUCCAAGAUAUCUGAGUUUGUACGGCCGUAAUUAGUAAACCUGCAUGCCUUCUUUCGACCAAAGUCAAUUGAGGCAAAAGGAUUAGUAGGCACACAAAUAAAUAUAUACAAUCUCAAUCAUGUUAAUUUGCAUCUG